AUUCAAGGUCGUCGUCAAGCUCGUCCAAUCAUCGAGCUCUUCCAGAGGGAGAAAGAAUCGUCACACCGCACAAGGCUUUUCUGGAAUGGAAAACUCUUUUAGUGGAGUUUGAAAAUGAGCUUGGUGUGGAGCAGUUUCUGGCAGUCUGUCACGAUCCGGACAUGGCUCCCGAGCCUCGCGUCCACGAAACACAUUGGAAAGUCUCGAGCGAGAGAAUGGUUCACAUUGCUACGCAAUCUCCGAAAACGCUAUUUCCCAUACGGCCUAAACGAAGCUGUUCGAGUAAGAAUCGCGGUCUUGGAUACCGGUAUCGAUAACACAAACCCGGACAUAAAUGAGAUGUGGGGAAAACGGGCUCAGCCCCCAAGAAAAUACUAUCGUAACUUUCUAGAAGAUUUUGCUGUUGCAAGUCAGCUUGGAACAGAGCCAUGGACAAAGGAAAAAGUGGAUGAGCACAUUAAGCAGCUGCGGCAACGUCGGGAAGACUUGCCACGGGAUGAUACUGGCCACGGUACACAUGUGGCAGGCAUCAUCAUGCAGCUCUACCCAGAGGCUAACUUAUUCAUUGGUAGAGUACUUGCAGAGAACGUCAUCACCGAGGAUGGGGCUACCCGGGCAGCAGCUAGGAGACUCGCGCUGGCAAUCCUGUUCGCCAGUGAAGAGUGGAAGGUGAAGAUUAUAUCGCUCUCUAUCGGCUUCCGUAAGACAUUUUUGCGCAGUGAAGAAAAGGCCAUUGUGCGAAACGCCAUCAAGUACGUCAUGGACAAGGAUCCAAGUGUUCUCAUUUUUGCCUCGGCUUCGAAUGAGGGAAACAGGGACGAAAUACUAUUUCCAGCGAGCGAAGACAGGGUCUUCUGCAUUAAUUCUUCCGACGGGGACGGAAACAGAUCUGAGUUUAAUCCACCGCACCAGGAACGUCACGAGAAUUUCAGCAUUCUUGGUGAAGGUGUGAACUCGACUUGCCUACAGCAAAAGAAUGCGGGCACAAGUGGAAGGCUGGUGGCAUCUUGGUCGAUACGAAGAGGGACGUCAGUCGCGACUCCAAUAGCUGUGUCGGUAGCAGCUAUCAUUCUCCACUUCGGGCGUGAGGAACUUGAGGGUCAUCACAGGGAUCUUGAGACGCGGCGUGGCAUCAAACGGAUCUUAGAGAGCAUGGCACCUCAAGAGAAUCGAGAUAAGUUCUACGACAUCGUUCCUUGGAGGAAAGGGGUAUUUGUGGAAAACAACGGCUUUCGGGAUCCAAAUGAGUCUAUUGCAUUGGCCAAAGAGAGGUUUCGGGAUAUACUUGAGGACGCUUUCUAA